CGUCGAGACGAGAUCGACUUCAAAAUAUAAAUUUUGUCAGAGAGAGUGGUCAAGAAUGUCUGCACCCGCCUUGCCAGGGCAGGACAGGAGCAGCACGAACCAAUUCAUGAUCGCACUGAGAUCGAUCAGACCGAGGGAGGAUCUCACUCGACUGCUGCAACAUCCUUGCGCCCGCAAUGCACUCUUGAUCGGCAUUGGCGGCGGCACGGCAGUAGGUGCCAUCCGGUUCUUAGGCUCGCAACGAGUGUGGUCAUCGACAAAUUGGGCAGUGGCCACCUUUGGCUUUGCCAGCCUGACAUCCUGGGAAACUUGCAAUCGAUCUAGAAAGGCAGAAGGCCAGCGGAUACAAGCUGCUCGAGAGGCAUUCAAGCAUGCAUCAAAGGGCAAGAAAUGGGCUGCGACAACGACUUCUGGCGCUGGCGUAGGCAAGACUGAGACGCCUGUGGUUGCGGGCGAGAGUGCGGCCCAAGUUGAUGGCCAGGGCGAGACUGCCGACAGAGUCGACUAUGGUCUGCGAUGAUCUGCCGAAACUCAAUAGGUCGACUGCCAGAUCUCCUUGGACCAGCCUUCGACGAGCGCAGGGUCAUCCUGUCGUCACAAGAGCAUCAGUGCCAGCUCAUCAUCGAUUGACUCAAGCGGGGCCGAUCUACCUUGUACUGGGCUUGAAAGGCAGUGAAGCCGCCGCGAAGGACGAGGAUGUCCUGAUCGCUCUUGCUAUCUGUAGCCUCACGAGCAGCAGCAUACCGACGCGCACAGCUCGGUCCUCUCUGUUGUGACAAUGCACAAUGCACGAUGACGACAGGCACGUCCUUGAGCUUCUUCACCAGUUUGUCCACGUCACUCUCAAAGGAACCCGAGGGUGAAUGGAUACAUCCAGUGAUGUGACCGCCGAUGUAAUCUGAAUCGCGCACAUCGAUGAUCGCUGUCUUUGUGUCGCUCUUGAGGAGCUCUG